AUGACAUUGUGUCAUGUUUGUGUUGAACAUCGAAACACUCUGUACAAAGCUUUCUCCGUUGUUUGCUUCCUCCAGAGCAGAUCAAAAGGAACUUUUUGCGUUGUCAUUGUUGCCAAUAUGGCGUAAAUCCAAAGCAUUGGAAAAAGUUAAUGGCCUUAUGAAGACUGUAGGAGUGUGCUCCUGUGAAGUAACAUUGUCUCUAUAACAAAAUUAUAGUGGAAAGAUGAUCGAAUUCUCAAAAAGCAAUGUCAAAUAUACUUAUGUCCAUGAUCAGAAAUAUUCCUCCGAAGUUGUUGACAUACACCAUAUAAUUUUGAGGAGGAGUAAUGCAAAAUAUUUUUUUAUGUAUACCACAACGCUUCUUGUAUUAGCAUGUGCCUUGUAUUUGUAUGUUUAUAAGGAAAAAACAAUUAGUCUCGUGUAUUGUAGCUUUCUUUUUGACAUAUUUCUUGUGAAGUCAUUACUUGGGAAGCCAAUUAAGAAAGAAUCUGUUGUGAUUAUGCCGGCUUUUGGAGUACAGCUUGAGACUCAUUAUGUGAGUGGAAACGUCAUCCGAUUCUUCGUUCCCAUUGACAAGAUUCUGAAACCUGUUCUAAUAGAAUGUGUGACUCCAGUGACUUGUUAUUGGACUCUUUCAUUGAUUAUUCGUGGGGAAUCAGAAAUGAUGUUAGUUUUUAAGAACUUACGCCCUCCAGUGAAAAUAUUGGUCCCUGUCUGGAAGGCCCUGUGUGCUGCAACUGGUAGUAAAGAAGAGACUUGUGCUCAUGCAGUAUGAAUAAUUGACUGCAAUGGUUUUCAUGUUAUACCCCAUCAGUUUAGGCUGUGUUUGAAUGAGUGUUCUGUCUAUUUUGAAUUUUCUGCUGAAAUUUUGGUAAUGAUUUACUGUACUUUCAAAAUAUAUUGAUUUUGAUAUUUUGAAUAUAUCAAAAUUAAUAUAAUUUUGAAAACAUGUAAUAGAAGGAUUACAUACAAAAAUCUACUGACUCUAUUCUGUCAUAUUGUAGGAGAGAAGAUUAGGUUCAACCUUGAUUAAUCCUUUCAGUGUAUUUUCUCUUUCAAAACCAAUAAAGAAACAAUAGUCUAUACAUCAAAA